GUCCCCUUCCCUCCCGUUGUCGAACGGAAUAAAAGCCCAUUUUGCCGGGGCCGGGCCCGCAGUCCCCGCGGCCCUGCAGCUGCGGCCCUGUAACUUUAAACCUGGCCUGAGAUCAUCGCUUUGGUGCGGGCCAAACAGAGCCCGAGGGCGGUCCCAGCGCGCCGGGACGGAGACCACCUUACUGCGACCCGCUCCCCGCCCUCGCCGGGAGAGAUAAAUGCUGACUCGGCCGGGGGUUCUCCGCUGCCAAGUUCGCCCCGCCGCUGCCCCGCGCCCAGCACGGCCGGGCUCCUCCCGCGCCCCGCUCCGCCGCGCUGCCCCCGCCGGCCUGUGGCCGCGGAGCUGCUUCGUCUGCCCCCAGCUCAGAAGCCAGCCCCUCGGCCCCCGAGAGCGCAGGUCGGCCGGAAAGAUGUGGAAGGUGCCAGUUCUGCUCUUCGUUUUGGGAAGCGCAUCGCUGUGGGUCCCGGCAGGAGGAGCCAGCACGAGCCGGCCAGAAGAUGACAUUGAGACCCCAGGUGUAGAAGCUGGCCUUGUGACGCCAGGUGCAGAAGAUGUGGCAAGCCCAGGUGUAGAAGAUUUGACAACCCCAGGAGCCACUGAAGAGCCCUCUAAGCCUGCUGGCCCGACAACCCCGGUGGCAAAGAGUACAACGAGCCGUGACAUUGAGGAUCGGCCAACCCUGGGAAGCACAGGCCAUGCCAAAGAAGAGAGCCAGAGCACCACAGUCCCAAAUGUGGCGACCAGCCACUCCACAGACAAAGCUGGUGGAGAGACACGGGUAACAAUUGACAAAGAUGGUUUGACGACAGUGACCCUGGUUGGAAUCAUAGUUGGGGUCUUACUAGCCAUCGGCUUCCUUGGUGGGAUCAUCCUUGUGGUUAUGAGAAAAAUGUCGGGAAGACCCUAAGAGGUGAAGGAUCGUGCCCUACUGCCAACAGGCAUUAAAAAGAGAAUUUCUGACUUCCCCCCGCCCCCAUCCCUGAGCUUGUGGGAGAAGAUGACCCAUGGAACGCUUGGCCACCCCACUCAAAAUCCAUGGCGAUCCCUCCCCUUGCCACACGUAACUGAAGGAAAGACAGCUCACCACGCUUGGCUCCUCUAAGCAUUUGCCUUUUGACAAUUUUCUUGAAUAUAAAUUUUAUAAAAGAUGAUUUAAAAGACAAACUGCCUAGAAAACAGAGCAGAACUACGUGAACUGACUUGCAACUAAGACAUUAUCACUGUUGAUGUUAGAAACUGUAAUCAUGUGUCUUCCUUCUGACCAUUCUGUUAUUGUUAAAAUGCAAAGGGAUCUGGAAAUAUUUAUAUCAACAGAGUCCUUGGAUCCAGUGCUACGUCCGGUAAUCGCACCAGCAUUUUGCAAUUGCUGAUCUGUUGAAAUGUACACGUCCUACUGUAGUUUGGUCUCUUUGUUUGUUUUUUUUAAAUCCCAAUCUGGUGUGAAUAAUCAGGUAGAAAAAUCUAAACUUGGGUAAUAGGCAAUGAGCAACUGCCUUUUAGCUGGUCCAGAUACAUCGUUUCAAAGACAACUAUUGGAUCGUAAACAGGAAGUCUAUACUUUGGAGAAGACACUUUGUUUCUCAUAAGGCCCCCAGGCAGCCUCUAGGCUUGCUUUACCUAAAGGCUUCUCAGUGAUGACUCGAUGACUCAAAGCUUGCUCCCAGCUGCGCCCCCAGCUCCACUCAGAAGACAGGUCACUAGAGUUAAGGGGGGCAGCCUCCUCUCUUCCCUGUGACCCAGACCCUCUGGAGUGGCCGCUUUGCUCUGGAACAUGGAGAUCUCAGGGCCCUGGAUGCCAAGGAGGCUGCUGGACGUCUAGCGGUGCUGGAGACUUAAGCGUUCCAGAAACCAAGAACCGUGUUGGCCCCCAAACAGAAAGAAACCCUACGUGGCCCUCCGGCGUGGAGACAGCCAGUUUUCUAGCGUUUGCUCUCUGCCUCAGAGGAAAGAUGUGGGGGGAAGAAAGUCAUCUUGUACAAUAUUAAUAUUUUAAAAGUAGCUGGAUUUAGAGACUUGAUGUAAAAAUAGAUGUCCCCAGUCUUCGGGAUCUAAGCACAAAUUUCUGUGGGUCGCCCUGUUGAGAAGAUCAAAAGAAAGGAGCCCAAGAAGCAGUUCUGUCUCGGCCCUUCUCGUCCCGUAGAUCCACUGAGUUCUUUUUCCUAAACAAAAAGUUUUUAGACCGAGCAGAUGCUCUGUCGUGAUUGCGGUUGUGCAAUUCUGAUAUCCUCUGCACUUGUGAGAGUUCAUAAAACAGGAAAGAGUAAACCAUCAGUCGGAAGCACAGCCCAUUCCUCCCGUAUUUCACAGUACUGUGCGGAUGUCAUUUUAAACAGUGUGUCUGUGUGUUCCCCAAAUCCAGCUGUGCGUUCCCCACCGGCCCAGGUUCCACGUUUGAACAUCAGUUGAUUGAGAGAAGGGAAGUUAGACGAGCUGUUUGAGGUUUGAAUAACUCAGUUUCGUUGUUCAGAUUCCUGAACAGGAGUUAGGAAUAAUGUCAUUUAUUCUUUCCCAUCCUCCUUUCCCCGGCCUCCCUGUAAAAAUAGCAGUCGACCCCAAGUCAUACACUGGACCCGGUGCCUGCUGGGACAGGACUGUGGGUUUCUUGUUCACACCUGUGUUGGUGCUCAAUGCAGUGUAGACAUGUUUUCAAAUAAAACAUGACUGUGUACAACAA